AUGAUUGUUCAAAGUAAUGCAUGGAUUGAGAAUCAGGCAUUGGACAUCCAUGUCGUUCCAUUUGUAUUGAUGGAUGCAUCAGCCCAUCUUCAACAUAAUAAUGAAUUGAGGAUAUCCAACGCCAUGAGUUUGAUCAUGGAGGGCACUGCAAGGAAGAUAAUCAUUCCAGAUUUACUCAACUAUAGAAUAUGGUGGGACAAACAAGACCAAGAUACCAAGGACAAGAUUGGUGCUUUGGUAAAGAGUGGCAACAUCGAAUUCGUCAACGGCGCACCUGUGAUGAUGGAUGAGACAUUGGUCGAUUUCAAGGACUAUGUCACCCAGCUCAGCCAAGGUAUCCACUGGCUAAACGUCACUUUUGGUGUGGCACCAAUCAAUGCAUUCAAUCCAUCGGCACAUGGCCACACUGAAGCCAUCGCCUCAUUGAUGGCCGCAGCCGGCAUCAAGAAUGUGGUGGUGAGCCGCAUCAACUCUGAUAUGAAGGACCACAUGUUCUCCAACGGCCAUCUCGAGUUCCUCUGGAAGGAGUCGUCCGCCAGUCCAUCACCCUUUGAGCUCUUUGUCCACGUGACGCCCAACGACGAGAUUGGCAUAGCCAACUUCUGCAGCCUCGACCCGCAAGAGUGCCAAGCCUUUGAGUUUGUCAACUGGACCACCUCGGACCAGGAGUUGACCGCUAUCUACCCAGCCCUGCUGGACCAAUACCAGAAGAAGGCGCUAAGGUUCCGAUCCAACCAGCUGUUGGUGCCAUUCGGCAACUCAGAUCUGUUCCUCGACAUGAACUACACGCGUAGAUUGUUCAGCAACUAUGAGACAAUGUUUGUGGACAUCAAUCAACAUGACAACGAGGCCAACAAGAUCUCAAACAUACAAUGGAGUACACUUGCCGACUACUUCCAAGGUAUCAAGAACUCUCCAUAUUCACUAACCGUCGCUCCUGUCAUGCACUAUGGUGAGAAGAUCAGCCAGGACCAGAGUGUGCCAGGCAUGCCCGCCAAGCCCGACUCCCAAGAGUACUCUGACUUCCGCGGGGACCUCAGCUCCAUCUCCAACGAUGAGUCCACUCACUACUCCAUCCUCCAUGAACAUAGACUACAAAUGGAGACUGUUUCCAACUUGUUGAGAACUGUUGAGAACAUGUACUCGAUGGUCAAGAGGGAUGAAUCCACGUCAAAGAGUGAGAUGGACAUUAUCCAGUCAUGUCGCAAUGUUAUACAUUUCGGCCAGAGAGCAGAGUCGUAUGUUGGACAACUCCCCAGUGUGCACUAUGAGUGGCUCCAAGAGGCCUUGAACCAAUGCUCGGCAAAACUUCGCCCACUCCUGUCCGAGUUGACUGUUCGUUCAUUCGAGUGUAAUGCUGAAGAUGACACCCCACUGUCCAUCACACUCGUCGGUGAGGUAUCAUCUCUGAGUCCUCAGUUCAUUCAAUUGGCCACUCAGAAGCGCCAGACUGUGUUCUUCUACAACCCCUCCGAUAAGAUCAAGGAGGAGGUUGUGCGACUGCUGGUUGACACGCCCAGUGUAUUGGUAGUGAACAACAAGAACACACCAAUAAUGGCACAGCUGAACCCUGUGUGGGCAGACGACAACACAUCCGCGGUGGCCGUGCCCAUCGACUCACACUUUGAGGUCUGCUUCAUGGUUCAGGUCGAGCCACUGUCCGUCACCUCCUACACCCUGUCCUUGUACAUGGAGGGCCAGGAGCAGCCGCCCACUACCGUUCCCGCCACCGUCACCAUCAUGAGCCCCGAGUAUAUCGAGAUUGAGUGGGACAUUGCGCCAUUCUCAAUCUCCCAAGCCAAGCUUGGCAGCCAAAGCAUCGUAGUCAAGAACUCAAUGUUCUCCGCACAGCUCAGCCACGAGACUGGACACAUCCAGAAGUUGUUUGUGCAACAAGGCAAGCAGUCCGAGGAAGUAUUCCUUGAGAAUCAAGAGAUGGUGUACCAACACGCCAAGGUUGAGUCCUCCAUGGAGGUGUCUGAUCAGGUCAAGUCCGAGGGCAUGCUCCGAACAAUCAGGUCACCACCAUCAUCCAUUCGCCACAUUCAAGGCGCGAUUAUCGAUGAGGUCGUGGUGUUCAAGAAGCAAUUGGAAGGAAGUCCAUUCCACAAGCAGCGCAUCAUGUUGACAGAGGGCGAGAGUGCCAAUGUGAUCUUGCUCGAAUCCACCAUGCAGUAUGCCGAGGAACAAGCAGCAAUCGACCCCAUAGUCAGGAUCUUGGUUGGUGGCGAGGGUGUCGGCGAUCUUGAUCGCGAGCACUCUUACUAUGUCGAUGUUAAUGGAUACAUGCUGGCCAAGCGCGUGGUGAACCCCCGCCAGGACUACCAUCAAUCAUUCACUCCAAUGUCCAGUGGAGCAUUCUUUGGCGGAAGCAACACAGUCUCGGGCAUCAAGGUUGGCGUGCUCUCGAGGACACCCCUUGGCGUAGCCAGCAAGGAUGAAUCGAUGUUGGAUGUCAUGCUGCACCGUGGCGGCCACAAGUCCAACGAGCGUGUGACAGUCCCCGUAUGGCUGACGAUCUCACAGGGCAAAGACAAGUCAUUGGUGUCCAGCUCAAUGUCCAUCAACUCACCAUUGAUCGCAGGAUACAGUCCACAACAAACCACCAACAACAAUAUGUAUGUAGCAAGCAAGUGUGCUCGCAUGGAGUUGAUCCCAGAACUGAAGUUGCCUGAGAACGUCCACUUGAUCGCCAUGCAACCAUUGGACAUCGACCUGAUCUCGCUUCAAAUGUUUGAGCCAACCGAUACCAAGCGCAAGCACAUUACACACAAGCUGGACAAGUUGUUGCCCAAGUUUGAGAUGAACAAUGAGAGUGCCAUGAUGUGGACUCCACCAUCAGGCGGCAUUGUCUCUUUGUCCGUGCAAGGACUUCACUAUUCUGCCAACAAGGUGGUUGUGCAAGAUGAUACUACAGAGCCCCAGCCAAGCCCCUUCACCCAGCGCGACUUCCAAGAGGGCGACAAGGCAAACCAUGUUCACGUGGGCAUCCAACACAACAAGGGACAUCAGAACACCGCCAUACAGCAUCCACAGACCGAUGAUGUGCCAAUUGAGAGCGAUCCAAUGCAAGCCUUCCAUCAACAAAAGUUGGAGCAAGUCGAUCCCAAGAAUAAGGGCCUAGUUGCAGGCGCUGUACCCGUGGUCGAGACUGGCACCAACGAAGAUGAGCUCAGAGUACAGGACAGACUACACAUCAACAACAAGGGCAACAAGGAUCAACACCAGCAACAAGUCAAGGCUGUUGAUGAGCAGGCUGCCAAGCCAUACUCGGGCAUCGACAAGAAGUUCACCGUGGAUGUCGAUGCCAACAAUGUUGGUCGCAAGCUUGAGAAGAAGUUGGUGGCCAACGCACAAGAAGCCCAAGCUGUUCCAGUCGCCGAAGGUGGUGGCCAACAUCCAGCAUCAAACAACAAUGAUGCUGCUGCCACAAAUGUAAAGUCAUUCAAGGACAACAAUCAAGUGAAGGACACUGUUCGAGUGAUGGUCAAUGAUGUGCCAAUGGAGUUGGAGCAUGUCAAGGACAACAAUCCAGUGAUGGUCAAUGAUCAGAAAGUCAAUGUCAAGGUGGAGGUGGCCGACAAGAACCAACAUGUUGCUGUUGGUGGCGUUGCCAAGACUGUCCAACAACUGCCCGUGGACACCAGCAGCCUCAGACAAAUGGAGCUUGAGUUGGCGGCGACCAAGAAGGAGUUGGAGAUUGCUACAUUGAACGCCAACAGAUUGAAGGAUUUGAACGAUGUGAUCAAACAACAGAUGACAGAGUUGCAGCAUGUACAGGCCAGCAGCAAGAUACAACAGGAUCAGAUGUUGGAGAGGAUGUCUGCGCAGGCAGCCCAGAUGCUCGCCACAAGGCUGAGAGAGCAGGAAGAGACGCUGAACCUUGCACACGCCACAAAGCUCAAGUCUGAGGAGGACAAGCUGAUCCAGGCCACUAAGUCGAUGGAGGAGCAAAAGAAGAAGUCCGAGACCUUCCAGUCACUCUACAACCAGGGCAUGAACACACAGGCCAAGCUCGACAUGAUGGUCAAACUACUUGGCAAAGAGAGCGUGACGCUGAGGGCCAUGCUCAAGGAGGCCGAGCUCAACAACCAGGACACAGGCUUCUUCAGGAGUCUCGAGCAGAAGCUGUUUGGACGCGAACCCAUACCCCUGCAGCAGCAGCUGGUACACGUGGAGAAUGAACUGGCCCAGAGGAUACCGGCCGUGGAGGCCGAGCAGAGAAAGCUCAGGACUCAGGACCGCGACAACCAGUUGGAGAUACUUCGCAUGCAGUUGGAGCAGACAUCGGCAGCCAGGCGUGAUCUGGAGAGUCGCCACGCCGGCCAGAAGACGCUGACCGUCGAGGAGCUACUGCUAAAGACCAAGUACUUCAAGACUGUGGAGCCCGUUCAGCUUGCCAGUCUGUUUGUCGUGUUGGUGUUUGUCUUUGUAGCGUGUAUAUUGUACAGUUCGUGUGUGGCGUGUGCUGCACCGCCACCCAAGAGAAAGUACAAGCAAGCCAACAAACUACUCAACUCACCCGAUGGCGCCAUGACCAGUCCGACCAACCAUGUCUACUCCUCGAUCGAAGAAGAGAAGUUUGACUAA